UAUAAACUCAAUCUAACAAGUAUAUAAAAUUCGAGUGAAAUCUUAUUAACAGCCCAGAUUUGUAGUGUAGCGGAGAAGUCAUGCAGUUUUAGUUAGAAGGUUCAGGGUUCGAUUCUGAUAGACAGCAUUGCUUUUUAUAAUUUUAACAGUUUUUUUCCAGGUUAAUCCUCUAAUUUUUCUAUUUUGUCUAAUCCUCUAAUUUUUCUAUUUUGUCUUAUAAAUCCUGUAAUUUCAAAUAAAUUCAGUCAAGUUCUUAAACUUCUACAUUCAUAUUUUCAAAGAUUGUUUUUGGAUAUGUAAUUAAUUAAAUUUUAAAAACAAUAAUAUAAUCAUAAAUUCAUAUUCAAGGUAUAAAAAAAUUACAUGUUAAAAUGCAUGAUAAUUUUUGCUCACAGUAUAAACAUUUAUUUUGAGUAUAACAUACUAGCAAACUUUAAAUUAUUUAUAUUUUGAGUUUUUUCUAUUUUAAUUAAUAUGUGUCGUUAUUAUUUAUUUUUAUCUUUGGAUUUUCACAAUAAUUUACUAAAUAAAUCCGGCCCCCCCGAACUUUCAAUCCUGGCUCCGCCCCUGCUGCAUACGCAUGUCAAGUGGUUUCGCCCUGCCUUGGGCUCAUCAGGGAGACGGCAAUAGCCUCCGACCAGUUGUGCAUUCUCUUGCAACGAUCCCCUUCAUAUCCACAUCCUGACUCGGCCAUAAACGAUGCACAGGCAGACAACGCCUUAUCGCUAAUGUCGCCCCCUUUACCCCUCUCAUGGCAAGGCGACCAGAUGGCAGCGUUCUUCAGACGAUCAACACGGUCACGACAUUUCGGGUCGUGACAGUAUCCACCGCUUCAUGGAUAUCCAUAGGUUCACAAACAUUAGGCUCUCAUUUGGUUACACCCAAUGUUAAACGAGCAAUAGUUCAAACAAAGCACAACUUAGUUCGAGAUAUGAGCACGAUUGUCCGAAGGCAGCAACAAUGGCGAAGGGGCAGGAACAUUAGGCUCUCAUUUUGGUAACACCCAGUGUUAAACACAUGUUGUAUACACCACUAAUCAUUGCUCGUUCUCUGAAGUUUCUAACCCUUGGCAUUAGCCAGUAAGAGCCAUGUCAAACUCAGAGGCAAAGAAUCAUUAAUCCUAACUAGAUAGCGUGUUUCAGAAGAUUUCUCUUUUGGUUGCUACGUACAUGAGUUUUCAGGAAAACUUGUCGAAUAUAUUUUCAGAGGUGACAACUGCAACAUAAUCCUUCUGGACAUUUAUUAAUUAUAACAUGUUCACAGUUAUUGUUGAUGACAUGGACUAUACAUUUGAUGAUGAUCUCUCUCUCUCUCUGGGAAGCGAGAGAAACAGAGCAGCUGCUGCAAGUGAUCGGAUUGAGAGGAUCGAACCUACUCAAAAUAUCAUUCUUGUUGUGGUUCUUAUCGUUACCCCAUUGUAUUGAGGAUUGUCUUUGGAUUUGUUGGCUUUGUUCAUCAAUUAUGUAAUUGUUCCCUUUUUAUUAGGAUAUGUACACAGUAGUUAGAGUCGAUCUUUCAACUUGAUAGGCUCAAUUAUCCAUUCUAUUAUCAAUAUUUUUCAUUCUUAAAGUGUUUUUCCCUACGUUUUAUUGUAAAAAGUAAAAUUUACUUGUAUUUUUUUUGAACAACAUGUAAGAAUGGGUCGACCCGCCCCGCCCCGUCCCCGCGCGGGUUUUAGCCGCCCCGACCCGUAGUAGCGUGGGGCGGAGCAUGGGAAUUGAGGUACCCGCCCGUCCCGCCUCAUUGCCAUCACUAAGUACAACCAAUGAGUUAGUCUUCUUAUAGAUUCUAAAGUCAAGUAUUUUCAAUUUUCAACAAUAUCAAUGUUCAAAAGCAAAUAUUUUAAUUUAAUAGACUCGAUAUAUAGUAGCAAUUUACUGAAAUUUGUUGGCUUUACUCAUCCAUAAUUACAUUGUUUUCUUUUUGCGAAAAAAAACGCACUGUACCAGUUGAUCAUCCAAAUCCAAUAUAUUCUAACAUAAUGAUGUUACUAGUUUAACCAACUUUUCUUCUGCAGAGUAGUUUAACCAACUUGAUGAUAGUAAUUGUCUCAUAAAUGGUUCCAACGUUUUCUCCCAUUAGUUUCUAGCAACGAAAUUAGCUAAUAAUGGUUUUACCUAGAAUUGAUGUGCAUUAAUCACAAACUACGAACAACCAUUUGAUAGACGUCUCAGUUAUCACUGACAGAGAAAUUCUGUUAUCAGUUCCCGCGUAAAAUCAGUUAGCAGCUAGGUAAAUGACUUAUCAAACAAACGCGAUUAUCAUUAAAUUCAGUUUGGCUUAGUUGCACCGGGCUCUCUUAAUCCGCUCAUCGCCUUAAUUAAUUAUAAUCCAUCUUCUUCCUUCCUUUCCUUCAAUCAUCUCUACCGUCUGCAAUUUCAGCUCCCCGGCUAUUGCAAUCCUUCACCUGGAUUUGCAUUAGCCGCGGAGUUGUCAUCACCAACAACAAAGGAGCAAAAGCUUCAAAUUCGUCAAAUCAUGGAUCGCGAACACAACAAUGUCCCGCGCCCAACCAGCCACCAUCCCACGACCAGCGGUGACGACAACAGCAAUCGUCAACGCCAUCGUCAUGCCGUCACGAGCAGUGACGUGGAGGGUUCGGUCAUCAGCAGCUCCGCCGACUCUUCUUCCCCGCCCCGACCGCCGACCGCCGGCUGUGCAGUACCCGGCUACGACCCGAAUCGGAUCCCGUCCGGCGUGUUCGCGUCCAAGUCGGGGAACGGGAUCGAAUGGAGCACGGCGUCGAACGAGUCCCUGUUCAGCAUCUACAUGGGCAACAACAGCUUCUCCAGGGACCAAAUUGCAAUGAUGUAUAAAUCCGGGGAGCUCCCCAUGCUCGAUCAAGAUUAUUACGCCGCCCUUCCCCCAACGCCGGCGGCGGCGGCCAGGACAACGAACAACCAACCACCUUCUUCCCCCUCCGCCGCCACAUGGCAGCCUCCCAUGCCUCCUCCUGCCAAUGCCAAUCAGCCCAUCAACAAUAUCAAUAUCAUCAACAUUCACGUCCCAGCUAAUCCUCCGCCGAGUAACAAUAUCACCAUUAACGUCCCUCCGGAGGUACAGCUCCCUCCUCCUCCACCCGCCGCUGCCGCCGCCCCAGUUGCCAGCACGCAGUCAGCUGCCUGUUCCCUUAAUCGGAAUUCCACCUCCAGCAGCAGCAAUAAUCGGAACUCGACCAGCAGCACCAAAUCUUUCCAGUUCCCAAUAUUGCAGAACGAACAAAUGGGAAGAAACAGUACAAGGAAAGUGGAAGCAGAGCAGAAGGCUGCAGGGGAGAAGAAAGCAGCGGUGGCAGAGGAGCCAAAUGAAGUGGAGACUCGUCAGAAUGAAAAACAGGCGGAGGAGCAACAACAACAACAGCCGGAGCAGCCGGUGAAGACAACGACAGAAGAACCUCAAAGCACGACGUACUGUAAGGUCACGGCAGCGGCAAAGAGCUGGAUGUGUUGCUUGCCCUGUUUCUCCAGGUCCUCUUCAUCAUGAGUUCAUAAACUUCAAAUUUUAGU